GAUGAUGAAGAGAACUUCUUAUUUGGGCCUAUAAAUACUCUGUUGGGCCUACAAAUAUCCCAUUGGGCGCGGCCCAUAAACGAUUAGGCCCAUAUUUUGGAACUUGAUAUAGGGCCCACAGUCCGCUUUUUCUCAAAUCUACAGGGACCACCACCGCCGUCUGCCAGCGCUGAUUUCUGUAAACGAAGGGGCAGAUUUCUCGCUGUUGCUGAAUGCCCGACGAAGGAGAUGCGAAGAAACCCGUUCAAUCUCUGACGCUUUUCGCCAUUUUCUUUUAGAAAUAAGUCAUGUCUGCAAAUAACAACCUACAGAAGAAUUUUGGUGCUUUGUCUCCUUUUGGGAACUCUCUGCCUCUGAAUCCAUCUGCUCAGCAACAACUAGGGCAUGGAUUUCCCAGCCAAUUUCAGCUUUCCGUCGCACAGGCGCACGCCAUUGCUCAGGCUCAGGCACAGUCGAAGGCCCAGGCUCAAGCCGCCCAGGCACAUUUCCAAGCUCAAAUGCAAGCUCAGGGGCUUUCAUUCAACCAGGCUCAUGCUAGUGGUUUGUUAAAUUUGGGUUCGCCGCCACCGUCGAUUUCAGGACCUGGAAGUGCCAGUGCUAGUGCCAGUGCCAGUGCCAAAAGGUUUAUGCAGAAACCACCUGUGUGCCCUCCAAGCUUCGCGCCAUCAAACUCUCCGUCUUCAAUCAGGAUGAUGGAAGCCUCGGCUGCUGCUCGGAGAAAGAAGCAAAAGCUUCCUGAAAAACAGCUACAUGAGAGAGUUGCAGCUAUUCUGCCUCAAUCUGCUCUUUAUACACAGCUCCUCGAGUUUGAAUCUCGCGUGGACGCUGCUUUGAUGAGGAAAAAGGUUGACAUCCAAGAGGCUCUAAAAACCCCAUCAUCCGUUCAGAAAGUUCUCCGUAUCUACAUAUUCAAUACUUGCGCGAAUCAGAUUUGCGCACUUCCAAAGAAGCCUAAUGCCGAGCUACCAUCAUGGACUCUCAAGAUUGUAGGGAGAAUUUUGGAGGAUCAGACGGAGCCGGAUUCUGAUCAGGCUACUUUGAUGCAGAAUUCAAGCUCAUACCCCAAAUUCUCUCAAUUUUUCAAGAGAGUGACGAUCACUUUGGACCAGAACUUGUAUCCUGAUAACCAUUUAAUUAUAUGGGACGCCGUUCGAUCGCCUGCUCAUCAUGACGGUUUUGAGGUCAAAAGGAAAGGGGACCAAGAGUUCACUGCAGGUAUAAGGCUAGAAAUGAAUUAUACCCCCGAGAAGUUUAAGCUUUCCAGACCUUUGAUGGAGAUUCUAGGUUUCGAGGUUGAUAGUCGUGCAAGAAUCAUAGCUGCAAUAUGGAAUUACGUUAAGAAUCACAAAUUGCAGUGCCCGGAUGAUCCAUCUUCUUUCUUUUGCGAUGUGGCUCUCCAAAAGAUAUUUCUUGAAACGAAGGUCAAGUUCACGUCAGUUACGCAAAGAAUUACGCCCCACCUCUUCCAACCACAGCCCAUACAUCUCGAGCACAGGAUCAAGCUAUCCGGGAAUAUCCCAGUCGGAACUGCAUGCUAUGACGUCAUGGUGGACGUACCCGUCCUGUUACAGAGGGAAUUGAAUUCCGUAUUGCUAAGCAGUGAAAAAACUAAAGAGAUGGAAAGCUGCGACGAAGCGAUUUGUGCAGCUAUUCGAAAAAUCCACGAGCACCAGCAGAGAAGGGCAUUCUUUUUGGGAUUCAGCCAGAAUCCUACGGAGUUCAUCGAGACCCUGACGGAUUCUCAAGGCAAGGACUUGAAACUUGCAGCCGCUGAAAAUGGUCACAAUGCCGGAAAAGACCAGAAUUAUAGCUUGAAGUCUUCGAAUUUCUCCGAAUUCUACAAUCAACCUUGGGUUGAAGAUGCUGUCAUCCGCUAUAUCAAUCGGAAGGUAGCUGGAGAUGGCCGGAGGCGUUGAGAUGGUCGUAUAUCAAUCGAGAGGUAGCUUGAAUUUACAGGGUCAAAUUAUUUAUGAUUUUGGUCAUGAACGUGCAGUUGUGAUGGUAUAUUUUGGUUAAAAAUGAAUCAAACUUGUAGCAGUAGAACUUGUAGCCGGCUAGCUAUUCUGGCGCUCCCGCCUCUAUUGGAUGGUCGCAUGUGCAAUGUAAAUCUAUCGUGUAUCUACCGAGACUGGUAUUGAAUGGAUGAAACUUAUCACAGUUUAGCAUAUAUAUAUAUAUACUGCCCAUUUGAAGCCAUGGGCUUCUAUGUUUA